AUGCCUCGGCUGGCCUGGACGCUCGUAGCGUGCGUUGUCCUGCACGUCGUCUGGACGUACGCGCGACGCAAGAAACGGACGCAGUAUGUGGACGCGGGUGCGGAGCGUGUCUUGAUCCUGGGUGCCUCGACGCCUGAUGGCCUCGGCGCCGAGUUGCUCCGGCAGUACGUGGAGCGCGGAGCGAAGCACAUCAUGAUCGUGGGGCGACGACAACAUGCGUUGGACGACGUGCGGAAACGCUUUCCUCGUGUGCAAGUGCACGUACAUGCCGCAGACCUCACAUGCACACAGAGUGUGCUCGCUCUCCGCGACGCCGUCGUACGGUGCAUGGGCGGCUUGGAUACGCUGCACAUGGUGUUUGGCGCCACAUCGAUUCUGCCGAUCCUCGGCGUCGCGGGCGUCGACCCGUGCGGCGUGAAUGCCGAGACGGAGGAGCGCGGGCUGACGCAUGCGACGCAGGAUGGCCUCGAUCGCAUCGGCGAGACGGUCCAGCGCAGCUGCGACGCCAAUGUCAAAGGCCCGGCCAUCGUGCUGGGCGCCUUGAUCCCGCUCAUGCAGACGACGUCCUCGCGCCCGGCCGUCGUGACGAUCGGCUCCGUCGCCGGCCUCAUACCGGCGCCGACGCGCGCCGUAUACUGCGCGUCGAAAUCGGCUCAGCACCUCCUCGUGCGCUCCGUCGAUCUCGAGUGCGAGGCCCAAGCCGCCAUGCCUGCGCCGGGUCAGCCGCGACGCGCUCGCGUGCACUUCCUUCUCGUGGCGCCCGGCCCGAUCAAGAACUCGUUCGUCGCUACGUACUCGGUCGACGCCUCGACGGGGCCGCGCGACCGCCGCGACCACGCGCUUGGUGUCGAGGACGUCGUUCGUGCGACGCUGCGCCGCGUCGAUGCCGAGCAAUGGGGCGUGCUCGUGAUGCCGUCGUACCUCCGCGUCGCAUGGAUCCUUACCUGCCUCGAUGCUACACGCGCCUGGCUGGGCCGUGCAGCUCACCGCCUCUACCGAUAUUAG